AUGUGUAGCGAUAGUAAUAGUAAACGUUUGUAUAGACGCACCGCGGAGUGGGCACUCGAGACUUUUUGGAUAAAUGUAACAAACUCUUCCUCACUUUUUAUUCGCGGCGGCGGCGAUAUAUUUAUACGCAUCGAGUCCAAGAACAUGCGCAGAGCUCACCGUGCGGUGACUCUGAAGUACUUCUCGAGCUCUCUUCGCGUGCGUCUCUUCUCCUCGUCGUCGUCUGAAUCGUCUUCCUCCUCGACUUCGGGGAAAUUUGCAGACGUGUGCGUCGCCAUCGGGUCGAACCUCGACGUACGUGAAGGCGAAGAUGCAGACUCUUCCUCUCGAUUUCAGCACUUCCACGUCGCCUUGCGUCUUCUCCAAGAGCGAGGGUUCGAGAUUAAAAAGCUCGCGAGCGUGUACGAGACGAAACCUGUGGACACUUUGAUUGAAAACCAGCCGAAAUUUCUAAACUCGGCGUGCGUGUUGAGGCACCCGAGAGAGUGGUCGGUUUUAGAAUGUCUAGGGAAAAUGAAAGACAUCGAACGAGAAAUGGGCAGAGACGUAUACAACACGGAUAAAGGACCGCGGGUGAUUGAUUUAGACAUUUUGUUCAGCGAAAAAGAACCGAUGGUGAGGUACGAUCCUCCUCCUUUUCCUUCCUCGUCUUCCUCGUCUUUGUCGUCGUACGAAAAGAAGUUUUGGUUAGAAGUGCCGCACGGGAGGAUCAAAGAGCGCGCGUUCGUGUUAGCACCGAUUGCGGAUUUGACGGAAAAGAUGAGUUUUGAUAAGAGCGGAGACGUGUCGAUCACGAUGGCAAACCAAAUGACGGCCAUGGCGAGACUUUGGAAAGAGGAGGAGAGACGGAUAAUGCAGACGCCGACGAAGAAUUUUGAAGAAGCAAGCGAGGAUGACAUUUUGCUCCAAAGAGUAGCGCCAUUUAAGAGGAACAUGCGAUUGGAACCAUACGAAGGACGAGCGAAAGUUAUGGGAGUUUUGAACGUCACUCCGGAUUCGUUUUCCGACGGAGGCGUGUUUAACACGAGCGUGAGUACGGCGUUGAGACGCGCGGAGCAGUUGGCUGAUGAAGGGUCGAGGAUUAUCGACGUGGGAGGACAGUCGACGAGACCUGGCGCGUCUAGAGUGUCGGCGGCGGAUGAAAUCGCGAGAGUGGCACCGGUUUUAGAGGCAAUAUGCGAACGGUUUAAGAACGAUCCGAGAAAUAUUGCCGUUUCGGUGGAUACGUUUUACGGGGAAGUGGUAAAAGUUGCGGAUGCGAUCGGGGUGGAUAUCAUAAACGACGUUUCCGGAGGCGAUUGGGACGAAGGGAUGCUUUCCGCCGUGGCGAAUACAAAAGUGCCACUAGGAUAUGUUCUAUCGCAUCAACGAGGAAACCCACAAGUCAUGAGUAAGAAUGCAUCCUACCCGGUUGGUUCGGUGGCAAAAACGGUUGGAGAUGAAAUCGCGUCGCAGUAUUUGCGCAAAGUUUUGCCAUCGGGUAUUUCGGCGUGGCGAUGUUGGAUCGAUCCCGGAUUCGGGUUUGCAAAGUCGGAGGAACAGUGCGUGGAAUUGUUAUCGGAUUUAAAGGACGUUCGCGCGUCGCUUGCGAAGAACGAAUGUGGCGGCCUAGCGAAAGCGCCAAUGCUCGUCGGUAUGUCGCGAAAACGAUUCGUAGGAAAUAUGCUCGUUGAUGAAAAAAGGAAAGACGUUCCGAAAGAUGCGCGCGACGUAGCUUCGGCGGCGGCGGCGAUUGUUGCUCUGAUGAAUGGCGCAAACGCAGUUCGAGCGCACGACGUGAAACUUCACGCAGAUAUCGCUAAAGUUGCCGAUGCUGUCGCAGCUUCCAAAAGAAAGACGGGUUCGUAUGAGUAG